CUCUAAUGCUGAGGGUCUACGUUUGUGAUGCGGGGUUCUUCUCGGCUAUCUAAUGCGGGCUUCGGAGUGGCAAACGCUGGACGGCGCGUCGACUCUCAACCGCCUCGAUAAUUAUGGUACUACCUACGUUUCCGCAGUGCCGCAUUAGCUGGCUUGCGUACUCGUCUGAUAAUAGCCAAUUUCGCACAAUCUCAACCAAUCACAUCCAACAUGGUAUCAAAAGUGGUGUAGAACCUCUAGACGAAUUGAAGCAUCAAUUCAACAAACAUCUGGGUGUGUUCAAACUUCAAAUUCCGUAGCGUAUGCAGUAUAUAAUAACGCAGUGGCGUGAACGGCCUUUGAACUGUAGAUUCUCUCGUAG